AUGACACCUGAACAAAACAAAAAUUUUAUUCUCAAUAAUCUAGACAAAUACCUUAUUGACGGAAAAGGCAAUUUUGUCAACUUAGAAAAAGACUAUGAGGAUAAAAUUAUUGAGGAUAUAAUGGAAUCCAUUUUACUGGAUAAAGAGAAUUGGGAGAUAGUUUAUGAUGACUCUUUAAGAGAGAUAACUGGUUCUUUACAUGAAAAAUUUUACAAAUAUCGCCCUACUGAACCCUUUCAAAAAAAAAUUACUGAAAUCAAAGCCGCUCUCAGUGAAGAGUUUCCUUUAGCUGAUAGUGAUUUAAGUCGUCAGUAUCAAGACUGGGAAGAACAAAUAAGUAAUUCAACUGACCUUCAACAAGUUACUAAAUUUCAAGAAAAAUUACUAGCUGAUAUCCAAACUCGUCGAGAAGAAAAAAAAUCCACUUCAAGUUUACUAAAAAAAUUUGCCUCUAUUCCCAACUUCAACCGGCAAGAGAACCUCGAAGCCUUAAUUGAACCAGUUAAAAAUAAUCCCGACUUUUUACAACAACUUCAAGCCAAGCAGAUUCCUAGUUUAACGGCUUUAAUUGUGGAUCAAUCUCCCCAAGAAAUAAUCAUUACGGUCAAGAGAUUUAAGUAUGAUCAAGAGAAAGAGAAAGAGAAAAAAAUUAGAGCCUAUUAUCACUUAAAACCUAGUGAAGUCUUAACUGAUAACCAAAUUAAUAACUAUCUUUACCGAGAAGCCAUUGGUCAGAUUACUGCUCCUACUGAAAAUCUUCAUCCAGAAAGUAAUCAAUUAACCAUUGCUUUAAUCAUCGGAGGAUUUUACAUGGAAGGGGGAGUUAAAAAUAACGAAAAACCAGAGAUUAGAUUAUUAAGCAAAUUAAAAGAUCGCUUGUUAAACUUGAGUACUAGAGAACAGAAAAUUAAUUUACGACUUUAUCAAGGAGCGACUUAUGAUUUAGUUUCUUUGUUGGCAAAAACUAAUAAGAAAUUUAUUGAAAAAUUUGAAUCUUCUUUGUUAGCUUCUUUAUUGGCAAAAAAUAGGGAAAAAGAAGUUUUAGUUAGGAGAUUAAAUUAUUUGCGUCGAUUUAAUAAUAAACUGUAUAUCGAAAAAGGUUAUAAGAGUCUUUAUUUAGGAUUUUUGUUUCUACGGGGCUAUUUUGUUAACUCCCAAAAACUUCUCCGAGCAGUUAAUGCUCCAUUGUUUUUGUUUCCAACAGAUUUACGCAAAGGAAAUAGUUUAGAUAUUGUUAUCUCUAAGCAUAAAAAGGUUAACUAUACUUUGCUUUAUUUCUUAAGAAAAGAAUUAGAAUUAGAAAAUGACGUUUUUACUCAAAUUGUUACCAAGUUAGAGGAAAUUAACAAUGAUGAUUUUAAGAGUUUCUUAUUUGCUUUAAAACCAAUAAUUUCUCAGUUGUUUUCGGGUGAAAAAAUACAAUUUAACUUUUCUGUUGCUCUCAAUAAUUACUUGGAAGAACCAAAUUACUCUUUAGAAAAAAUAUUCGAAUAUCACAGGAGUCAAACCAAAAAAAGCAAAACUUCAUUAGAAAUUUUUUCUUCGAUCAGUCUUGCCGAUAGGCCAAUCCAUUCGCCAAAAAAUUACUUAGAAGUACUUGGAAACUUUGUUAUUUUUAUUGACAAGGGAACUAAUUUAUCUCUUUUCAAUGACUUUGAAAGAAUUAUUAAAAAAUUUCAAGCAAAUGAAGGAGGGGAAUUAGCUGGUUCUGCUCUUGGAUUUCUUUUGAAAAAACAAGAUUUCGAAAAAGAAAAAAAGGAGAGUGACCAUGAAAAAAAAGCUCUUUGUAUCGAUGGACCGCCGGGAACGGGUAAAACCCAAUUAAUUUCUAAUCUCUUGGCUAAUGGGUUAUUUUAUGACAAGAAAAUAUUAAUAGUUUGUGAGAAAAAUGCCGCUUUGCAAGUAAUUGCUAAUAAUUUAAAUAAUAUCGAACUCGGUUCUUAUUUUAUUAAAAUAAAUGAAUUGAAUCAAACCCCGGAGGUUUUUCGGCGUAUUAGCAGCAUCUUGGAAGAGAAAAAUCAAGGAAUUGCCGACCAGCAUUUAUUUCUUAACAGCCGACUUGGAUUUGAUUUUAAUCUAGAAACUAAGAAUAAAUUUCAUAACUUAAUAAGUAAUUUUCUAACUGAAUUAGGAGGGAUUUCUCCGAAUAGUUCCUUGCUUUCUUCGGUAGUUAGUUCUUGUUUAUUAAGAGAAAUUAAUGAAGAAUAUUCUUUCUUGCUUGCUGAUGUUUUGAGAAGAAAAAGUAAGGAGGUUACUGAUUUAGCCAAAAGAGAAGAAUUAAAUGAUUUUUUUAGUUUCUUAAAUCUGCAGAAUUUUGUCGGAUUUCAAGAGAGUUGUCUUGAUGCAAGUUUUUUGAAUAAGAUAAAUGAAUUUGUCGAUCAAGAAUUUUUUUUGCUUGGAGAUUUACAUCUAUUAUUCAACAAUUGUAAUGAAGAGGCUCAAAAAAAUAUUUUUUAUUUUUUAGAAAAUAGUUUUCAGCAAAAUUCCCCGCUGAAUUAUGAUGACUAUAUAAAAAUUACUGAAAAGGCUGUAGAAAAAGCUCAAAAAAAUUAUUUUAAAGUUUACUGGGAAAAGUCUCACGCGUCUCAAAAUUUGAUUCAAAGUCAACAGAAAGAAAAAAGGAAUAAUUUAUUUCUUGACCAAGGUUUAAGUGCUGAAUUAAAAAAAAAAAGAAAUCUUAAUUUGCGAAAAAUUUUCCCUGCUUUGCUUGCUCAUUUUCCAAUUUGGUUAACUACUCCAGAAACUAUUUCUUCAUUAACCAGUUUAGAAGAUCCACUUUUUGAUUAUUUAAUUUUCGAUGAAGCUUCCCAGGUGCCGUUAGAGAAGUCCGUGCCCCUCUUUGCUCGGGCAAAAAAACUUAUUGUUAUUGGUGAUCAGCAACAAUUGCCACCCACUGAUUUUUUUAAGAAAAUUAGUGAAAGUGAAAUUAACUUAGAAAUUAGUGAUUUGGAAAAAGGGAGUAGUUUGCUGGAUUACUUAAUUGAAUUUUCUAAUCAAGCUUUUUAUGGCGGAAAGUUAGAAAUUAUUAGUAAGAGACAAACUAAAGCCAUUUUAAAGUUGUUGAAAACUUUACCAACUGAUAAAGAAGUUGGAAUAAUUACUUUUAAUACUAAGCAAAGAGAUUUGAUAGAAGAUAUGAUCGAGAAAAAAAGAGUAGCGAUGAGUAAUUUGUUCGUGAGAAAUUUAGAAGAGGUCCAAGGAGAUGAACGAGACAUCAUUAUCUUCUCGCUUGGUUAUGGUCCAAAUGAAGAAGGGAAGUUUAUCCAUAAUUUUGGCCCACUUAAUCGAGAGGGCGGAGAAAAAAGGUUAAAUGUGGCAAUUACUCGAGCUCGAGAGAAAGUGAUAGUUGUAACCACUUGUCAAGAAAGGGAUAACAAGGAAAUUGAAAGGUUAUUAAAUGAUAAAAUAGUAAAAUUAGGUGGUUUUAAUCUUCCAGCAGACCAAAAAAAACCCUCUCGUUUAACUUUAGCAAAAGUAUUGUAUGAUGAAUUAGUCAAAUUAGGUUAUGAAACUGAAUUUCAAGUCGGGUCUAUUGGUCGCUGA